UUUUAGUUAUUUUUGGACUGUUGGUUGGACAAAACAAUGGCCAUUUUUUUUCAAUAUUUUCUACAUUAUUAGAAAUUAUCAUUAUUUUUCAACAUCAUUCUAUAAAUAAUCCUGUUGUGACUGUGCACAGUUACAGAAAUUGUGCACCAGUAGUGGUGCUCUUCAAAGCCAAAGAUAUUUGGUGAAUUUAAAAUUGGAAAUGAUUGAGUAUGUAUGACAUGGUAUAAAUUAUUGAUAUAUCAUUCCCUAUAUAUUUGACUACAGGUUGCACCAGGCUUGGUACUCCCAGGAGCAUUUUCCCAUUGACUUGUAGCCUAGUAUUAUCUAGUAGCUUGUGAAGGUGAAGCUCUCCAACUAGCUCCAGCCUGCAGACAUCACUGGGUGGGUGUACCCCUCUCUGUGUGACGUCACCGCAUCACUCCCUGUACCCCGGGUCCAUUCAUCUCUACCUCACACGGCAGACUGCGCCUCGCCCUUUACACACCUUAACUUGACACUGGGAUCUGUUUCUCCACUGAGCGACUCUAUCUGGACGGUAAACACGCGGACGUGAACGCCUACACUACAGGGAGAGAGUUGUAAAAGAGAAUUAUUCAGCCAACUGACACAAAAACCUGCGUUCAACCUCUACGAAACGCAACCAUCCACUGACUCAACACCUGGACACAUCUGGCAGAGCUCUCCUCUGUGCUUUGGGACAUUUCCACAGUUAUUAGUGCCUUUUUUUGGACAUCUGGAGCCCUAAACUUCCACCAGAGGAGCGGACACCGUGCACUACAGAGCAUGUAGGUGAGUCAAUAUCUUACACACCCUGUGAAACUGAAGGCACAAUUGAGUAACAUCCUCAGCACAGCUGGCAAUGUGAGCAGAAAAUUGUGUGAGAACUGUGAACCUUCAGCCUUGUCAGCUGAUAUUUGUCAUCUGGUGAGACAGAAGAGGAAGAAACGUUGGGUUUCACAACUCCAAAAUCUCACACUGGAGCAGAGUUCAAACCCUGGAAUCUCUCAGUAUAUGCAAAAUGUUCCUUUCUAUGAGAGGAAGAAGAUUUUCUCCCCUUUUCUCUGUGUAUGUGUGGGAUCAGUUAAGUUAGACAAAGCCUUGCAAACAUGGAAUUAGAGUGGCGUGUGGUCAACAUUGUUUACGUAGACUCAAAACAAGAGUCGGAGAGUAAGAUUAGAAAUCAUCCUGCAGGAUCUCCUCAGGGGCAAGUUAACAAAUGUUGUUGCCAGUAUGAAAAUGCUGAUGUGCAGACUUCCCUAAAGUUCAAUCACAGACAAAUUUUCUUGCUAGCCAAGAUCUUGUGUUUGAUGAGCUGGGUUAUAGCUGAUCCAUGAGCUGUGGCUGACAGAUUCUGGGUUAACUUUCUAAAUUGGCCUCAAAUUUGAAGCACUAAAGGGAUAGUUUGGGUGUUUUGAAGUGGGGUUGUAUGAGGUACUUAUCCAUGGUCAGUGUAUUACCUACAGUAGAUGGAGUUUGGAGAAACAGACAGGAGUAUCGGCACCGGAGCAAAGCAAUGUACUGCUGUAGACGGGGCCUAAAAAAAAAUCGAUAUCUGUUUAAGUGUACGCUAUAUUUAGAAUAUUUUCACCGCUUUACCUCGCCGUCAGACAGCCCUUUUCUGAAGGGGAACUAAAGCUGUUGUAUCUGUCUAUGUUCUCACAAAAUCCACCAGACUCCAUUGAAAAAAACAGCAAUUUUACCUCGCAGAACACAAGAGUUGCUGUGUUAUUUUGUGACUUUGGUGAAUCUAACCCUUUAAAACACCAAAGUCAAACAAUAACACAAACAAACUAACCGAUCGAGGCAGCAGUAGACCAGCAACUCCCGUGUGAGGGGGUAAAAUUACUGUUUUUUAUCAAUGGAGUGGCUUUGACAAGAGCAUAGAUGGAUACAACGGCUUUGUUUUUUAAUUUUAUUUAAUGUGAAAAGACAUAACAGGUGAGGCAAGACAAGAUAAAAAAAACAUGAGUGCAUUGGGUGACAUGAUGGUAACAGUAACAGCAAAGUAAUAAACUGGGGUUUGUCCUAUGAUUUGGGGUGUGUGUGUGUGUGUGUGUGUGUGUGUGUGUGUGAGAAGAUGUAUGUCUGUUUGUUAUGUGGCAUCUACUGUGUGUAUACGUGUGCAUGCAGGCGUGAGCGCAGAGGAGAAAUUGGUGUUGUAAUGGGGCAAGAGAGAGAAAGAGAGAGAGAAAAUAAUAAUAAAUGAAUAGAAAUAAAAGGGGGUUAUGGGCGAGAGGAAGGAAAGAAGAGAAAUUUUGACAAAUUUUAUUUUAUUUUACAACAGCUUAGUUAGUUUCGGAUUCUCCAGAGUCCCGCAAUAACACAAACAAACUAACCGAUCGGUAGACCAGCAACUCCUGUAUUCUGUGAGAUAAAAUUAGUUAUUUUUUAAUGUAGUCUGGUGGCUUUGGCAAGAGCAUACAUAACAGCUUCAGUUCCCCGUCAGAAAGGGCUGUCUGACAGCAAGGUAAACUAGCGAAAAUAAUCUAAAUAUAGCGUACACUUAUUUUAGGUGUCUAAAUUCUGUUUUGCUCCCAUCCACAGCAGUCCAUUAUUUUGCUCCCCGUGCUGGUAUUUCUGUCUGUUUCUCCAAACUCCAUCUACUGUAGGUAAUACACUGACUAUGGAUCAGUAACUCGUACAACCCCACUUCAAAAUACCUGAUCUAUCUCUUUAAGAACGUCUUAACAUAUCUGAAAAUUAUUAUCACAUGAUCAGUAAACUCUAAGUGACUAGUAGUGACAUGUUUAAACUUUAUGUUUCUCUUCUAAAAUAUUGCUAAUCUGGGCUAAAACUAAAUUAUAUAUACAAUUAAUAGAUUAUCAAAAUAGUUGCCGAUUCAUCUUCUGUUGACCAAUUGAUGAGUCGACUGAUUGUUACAGCUCAGUUCUUCUUUCUUUCUAUCUUUCUGUUUCACCAGGAUGGCUGCUGACAACUUUUUAAGGACACGUUUUUGACCCUUUUUUUGAAGCAGGACAUAUUUUCAAAUUAAAUCAUGUCUUCAGUCAAGGUGAAUAACUUUUCAGAGACUCACCUAUGCCACUUCAAGCUCCGUAUCGACGACAGCGUCAGCCCGGUGAUCAGUGCCAUCAUGUUCGCCUUGGGCAUCUUUGGCAACGUGGCUGCCCUGGUGAUACUGGAAAUCCGGCGGCGCAGAGACACAAGGACAGGGGACGCGUGGCGCCGCUCGUUGUUCCACGUCCUCAUCACGGUGCUGGUGGUCACAGACCUGGCGGGGACCUGCCUGGUCAGCCCGCUGGUGCAGCUGUCGUACUCGACCAAAACUACCUUGGUGGGAAUGUCGCACUCGCGCAACACUACCUUGGUGGGGAUGUCGCAUUCGCGCAACACUACCUCGGGGUCGCCCGGGGAUUCUGGCAGCGUGUGUUCGUACUUUGGCGUCAGCAUGACCUUCUUCAGCCUAUCCACCAUGUCGCUUCUCUUUUCUAUGGCGCUAGAGAGGUGCUUCGCCAUCGGGUACCCCUACCUGUACAGCCGCCACGUCACCAGGAAAUGUGCCUACAUCGCAAUCCCGGUGGUGUUUUUGUUAUGUAUGCUAUUCUGUCUCCUCCCCUUCGCGGGAUUCGGUACAUAUGUACAAUACUGCCCCGGAACGUGGUGCUUCAUUGACAUGAACCCUAGCAAAGCGGUGGACCGGGUCUACGCCAACCUGUACGCCUCUCUCAUGCUGGUGCUGGUGCUGGCCAUUGUGGCGUGCAACGGGUUCGUGGUGUACCAGCUGUUCAGGAUGUACCAGCGUCGGAGGAGGAACGGCGGCUCGGUGGUGAAGGCGAGGUCCAACAGCGAGCGCAGGGCGAUGUCCAUGGCGGAAGAGGUGGAGCAUCUCAUCCUGCUGGUCUUCAUGACCAGCAUCUUCAUCAUCUGCACACUGCCCCUGGUGAUCCGGGUAUACAUCAACUCCAUACAGCCUUAUGAGUCUCACGAACUAGACCUGAUUGCCCUGCGCUUUAUCUCCGUCAACUCCAUCAUCGACCCCUGGGUCUUUAUCCUCCUCUCCCCCAGCGUGCUGCACUUUUUCUGGGGCUGGAUUUGCCGGGCCCUCCUGGCAAUCUCCGGGGGAUCCAUUUUUAAAUCAUCGAUGGCCAAAGAGAAUUCUCCGGCUAACAUCGAACUGUCUCGCCCAACGUUGGAGUACAUCGAGCAUUUUCACACUGUGGAAACUUGAUGACCAUAACAAUUAUUUCAUAUUUAUAUUUAUUGUACAUCGGAUUGGACAGCGUGCUCUCCUCACAUGUGAUCACAUGAAGCGGAGACGUUUUGUGGGCCACAACAUCCCUCCCAAGUGGGUGGUGUUUCUUAUCUACUUUAUGAAUGUGUUUCCGGUAGAUAAUGGCCAUUUCUGUCUUACUGACGAACCAGGUCCAUCAGCUGGUGGCCGCCUCUUGCCAUUUAUUGGGUGUUUCCAUCCACUCCUAGCAUUUCAGCUAAGCGUAUGCAUGUUGAAUGCACACAGACUUGUCUACAGCUUUAUAUUUUAAGUGUAAAAUACAACAUUUUUGCCUCCUUUGCUGCUUGCAUUUUAUGCCAAUUAAUCAAUGAAAUGAAAAAGGCUGCUGAUGGAAGCUGGAGAAAGACUUCAUUCAGGUUCUGUGACGAUUUGGAACAGACAGACUGAAAGUGCUUGUGUCUACAUCGUAUUAAGACAAAGAUGUUCGGUUGGAGAUGCUUGUGUAAGGAGAUGACAGAAUGCAACAUACUAAGGACGUUCAUCUAUCAAGGAAGGAGGUAACCAAUGACUUAAGGCCUUGCUGUACCUUCUCUGAUUCAAAUCCUGCUUGCCAAACAGUUGUUACUGGGCCACUAACAAAUAUGUAACUGUAUAGAGCACAGUCAAAGGAAUCAGGUUAAGUGAACCAGGAUAAACAAAAAGUAAGCACAAUCUGAGAAAUUAGGACCAUGAUGCUCAUAUAAGACGAUAGUUUGAUGGGAUACGUGUUUGUUGUCAGAUUUAAGGUAAGAGAUUACUAGAAGAAGGGCCUUUGUGGCGACAGGAAAGCAAAACAAAGUGUCUGAAGCAUACUGAGAUAUAAUCUAGACAUGAGACAUGUUCAUACAAGUGAACUCAAAUAUCUGAUAUUAAUGGGGCAUGACUUUCUCUUUUGAACACUUAAGCUCAGAGGUGAUACAAUAAUGUUUUAAAGAUCUUUAACCCCUGGUCUGCUUUGGUAGCCUUCCUCCUUGCAUGCCUACCAGAUCCCCGUUGGAAAGGUCAAAGGGCAAGAAGCCUGAAGAGACAUUUUGGUGUACCAGAUAGUCAAAACUUCACUCGGUAGGUGGGAAGGAGUGAUAACCAGCCGAUUAGACAGUUAUCAGGUCAUUACAUGGUUGUUAUCAGUGGUUAUAAGCCUCAUAGAUGUGGGUCACAAGGGGCCUGCUACACCUACUAGUAUGUUUUAUCAUUGAUUGACAUGGGCGAUCACCAAAAGGAAUAAAAGAAGACGACAGCGACUUCUAGCGACCUACUGACCCACAUCUAUAGCAACCCAUAAUGCCCAUUUAAUGAGCUGAUAACAGUCGAAUCGGGUGCAGCUAAACACAGAAAUGUUUAUGUUGAGGAUAUAAAUUUCAUUUAUAUGGACAUAUGUUAUAUUUACAUAUAAUAUUAUAUAUUAUAACAAUAUUUUAAGAUCUUCAUAAGAGACUGCAGUUACCUUUUGACUUGAAAACUUCUGCUUCUUAUAUAAUUAAGUAACAGCAAAGAGUAAAUAUUCUUGCAUAAUCUGGCUGUAAUUGCAAUGCUCAAAAACUGAAUGAUAGCACACAAUUGUAGCAAAUGAUGGUACUUUUUAAAGAGCAAACUACUUUAAACAGACAUUUUUACAGGUCAGGUUCUCU